AUGGACUCAUCCGCAAUGAUCACGAAGUUAAUGGUGUGCAGAAACCUAACUGAAAUGCUUGAGUCGUCGGCUCGUCACUGCAAUCCACCCAUUGAAUUUCACCAUGCAGAUUCUACGAUACCACCCAUAAUCGUGACAACACGACAGCUUUCGCAUCGAGCUCAUGAAAAUGCCCGCUUUAUUCAUGGUAUCCGUCAUGUCACUAAGGAUACUAUUGUGUUUCUCCAUUUCGAUAAUCAUGAGCAAAAUAUUAUCUGGCUGUGGUCUACCAUAAUAGCUGGCUACUUGCCCACUUUGUCACCGGGUUUUGUGAACGACCUGACUCAGCGACGAAAACUUAUUUUGCAUCUCAAGUUGUUGUUUAAAGAACCCCUUAUUCUCACAUCAGAUCGAUUGGUCCACGAGUUUUUGGAUAUCGAAGGGCUUAAUAUCGUAAUGGUAGAAUGUCUCGUAAGUCAACUACCAAAUGGGAUCAACUCUGCUCCAAGGGCAAACUCGGGUCACAAAAAGGGUCCAGAGGAUGCGGCGAUCCUCAUGCUCACAUCGGGCAGCACUGGAAACGCAAAGGCGGUGGUGUUGCGGAACAGCCAAAUUAAGGCUGCGAUGGCGGGGAAAAUAGCUCAUCAUGGCACAAACCAACGAGAUAUUUUCCUGGCUUGGGUUGCUUUAGAUCAUGUUGCAUCACUUUGUCAAAUUCACCUGCAUGCGAUAGCCCUAGGUGCGCGACAAAUUUUCGUUGGUAAAGGGGACGUUGCGAACAACCACAGGUAUUUUUUGAACCUCAUCCACAGCUUUCGAGUCAGCGUGACUUUUGGGUCAAACUUUUACUUGACAGGACUUUCAAAUUUUCUGGACAAAAUGCAGCCUCUGACAAUAUCACGUACAGGUUGGGAUUUGUCAUGCCUGAAAGUUAUAUUUUCAGGGGGGGAAGCAAAUACCGUUCAGACUUGCCUCAGUGCUACGGCACAUUUCAGAGCUUUGGGUGCUAGGGAGAAUGUCGUGAGCCCUGGAUUUGGGAUGACGGAAACUUGUGCGGGCUCAAUGCACAACCUCUUUUGUCCAAAUUACGAUAUCCAAGCCGGGUUUGAGUUUGCUUCCGUGGGCCCAUGCAUUCCAGGUAUGAUGGCAAGAAUUGCUGAUGACAACGGUGAUGUCAUUGACGAACCCAACAUCCCAGGGUCCCUCCAGAUCAAAGGGGAAUUGGUGUUUCAGGGGUAUUUCAACAAUCCACUCGCGACGUCUGCCACUUUUUCUAAAGAUGGAUGGUUUAUCACCGGAGAUACUGCCUUUAUCGAUGACUCUGGCUAUUUUCACCUCUGCGGGCGAACGAAAGAUCUCAUAAUAAUAAACGGUGUUAACUACUAUCCCCAUGAGCUUGAAAAUGCUAUUGAAGAAGCCAAUCUACCUGGGCUAUCCCCUACAUAUACUGUGGUCUUCUCCCAUCGUCCCUAUGGUGCCUCAACCGAAAGAGUCGUGGUAGUGUACUCUCCAGCUCAUAACCACAGGAGCCCCGAAAGCUUUUCAGCAUCAUCCGACGCAAUAUCAAAAAUUACUGCCAGAUUAUUCGGGGUAAGCCCAUAUCAAAUAGUGCCCGUUGAUAUGAGAUUGAUCCCGAAGUCUACUCUUGGAAAAAUCUCGCGGCCAAAAAUCGCUGCAGAAUAUCGCGCUGGCAAAUACGAUGCACAUUACGAAAUGGCGGCGGAAAGCAUUAAGAGAUAUCGCCGAACUCAUCUAAGGCGCCCCACAAGUGAAUCUCAAAGGUUGAUUGCUAAAUUGUUCGCGGAGAUGUUCCACACCCCAAUUUCAGAAAUCGGAGUCGACACCAGCCUCCUUGACAUGGGAGUAUCUUCUAUCGAACUAAUCGCUCUGAAAACCAAAGUACAAAAGAUUCUCUGUCUGGAUCAGGAAAUACCGUUGAUAUCGGUGUUGUCGGACCCUACAGUCAACGGCAUCGCAGAAGCGAUAUGUCAAAUACAGCAGUCGAAGCAAUACAAUCCCGUCGUAAAACUUCAUACCUCUGGAGACAAAAGUCCACUUUGGCUUGUUCAUCCUGGUGUUGGGGAAGUCCUCGUUUUCCUGAAUCUCGCAAAGUAUAUCAACGAUCGCCCCCUGUAUGCCCUUCGAGCCCGCGGAUUCGAGGAAGGUGAAGUGUUUUUCAAAAAUCUCAACGAAAUGUUCACAACUUACUUUCGACAUAUCAAGGAGCUACAACCUCAUGGACCCUAUGCAAUCGCAGGAUAUUCCUUUGGUGCGAUGAUUGCUUUUGAAGUCGCUAAACUUCUCGAAGCCAAUGGCGACAAAAUCAGGUUCUUAGGUUCUUUUAACCUACCCCCGCAUAUCAAAGAUCGUAUGCGCCAGCUUGACUGGGUGGAAGCCGGUAUCAACCUUUCCUACUUCUUAGAUCUGAUAUCAGAAAACUACGCCCAUGAAAUAUCGCCUAGCUUACAUAAACUCUCUACCGACGAGGUUCUCGAUCAUAUCAUAUCUUGUUCACCGCCGAAUCGUUUGGCAGAGCUAUCUCUAACCAAGAAGAAAUUGAAAACAUGGAUUUCCCUUGCCCACAAAAUGCAGGAAGCUGCAUUAGAGUAUGAGCCUUCCGGGUCCGUGUCCUGCAUUGAUAUAUUCCAUGCUAUACCUUUGAAACAAGCUGCCGCAAAUCAGACAGAUUGGGUCGAUAAUAAGUUGAGUAAAUGGGCCGAUUUCUCGCGGGAGUCACCUCGAAUGCACCAUGUGGAUGGUGCCCACUAUACGAUGAUGUCCCCGGAGAAUAUCUUCACGUUUCAAAAGACGCUUCAAAAAGCACUCUAUGAUCGUGGGCUUUGA